AGCUUCCGACGUGGCCAUCAUACUAUGGAACACUUUUUGGAGAAGACGCAGGGCUCUUGAUCGAUUGAUUUGCUACCAUGUCAUAAAAGUUCUUAAAGCUGGAAUAAUCAGGUCCUGUCUUAUUCGGACUUCUUGUCUCCUCCCAGGUCUGAAGACCUCCCUCCAAACCUGCUGUGGGAAAGGAAACUCUCCCACGGAUAGCAAGCUGAGCCCAUGUGCUAGAGACGGAAUAACCAUGAACGUCUCCUUCAGCUUCAUGGUGAUGGGUGGUCUACAGAAACUCUGGAAAGCAGAGAAUCUCUCCUCCGCAGGAGGGUCAAACAGCAGCCAGGAGCUGGACUGGGAGGAACUGCAGAAGCUGCUCUUCCUGUUCGACAAGGAGCCUGCCACCAUCUGCCUUGCCCUCAUGUACCUGGUGUCCUUCGUGGUGGGCAUUGUUGGCAACGUCAUGUCACUCCGGAUGCUCACCAGGAAGCGUGGCCACCGGAUGCCCAGCCCGAGUGCCACCAAGAGCCUCCUGAUAAACCUGGCCAUUUGCGACCUGAUGGUGGUGUGCGUGUGUAUGCCCAUCACGGUGGGCAACCUGAUCUACAAAGCCUGGGUGUACGGGGACCUCCUGUGCAGGACCGUGCCCUUCAUCCAGGCCAUGGCGGUCUCGGCCAGCGUGCUCAGCCUCACGGUGAUCAGCCUGAACCGGUACUACAGCGUGCACAACCCCCUCAACGCCAGGUCCUUCUUCACGCGCCGGAAGAUCCUGAGCACCAUCCUGGUGGUCUGGAUCUUCUCCUCUGGGAUCUGCAUGCCCCUUAUAUUUAUGAACAAGCGGGACGAGAUCGGAGUGGUGCCAGGCCUCCCGCUGGUGUUCCCCAUCUGCAGGGAGGUGUGGCCUCGGGAGAAGGUCAAGCAAGCCUACAGCUUCCUCCUCUUCUGCGCUCUCUACUGCCUGCCCGUCUUGUUCAACAUGGUCAUCUGCUGCUUGACCGUCCAUCGGCUUUGGAGCCCCACCAGGCCGUUGAGAGUCGGCGGCGCCUUGAACCAGGCCUUGCCAGCUUCCAGGCUGAAGGUCCGCAAGAAGGUGGCCCAGAUGGUGGUGGCCUUGGUGCUGCUCUUCGCCCUCUCCUGGCUGCCCAUUUACACGAUGGACAUCUGGAUCGAGUUCAACAGCCCCAAGUCCUUGCAGGAUGCCACUCCAUCCCCCUGGAUCCUGCAGCUCCGACCUUUCGCUCAGUGGCUCAGCCUCACCAACUCCAGCCUCAAUCCCAUCUGCUACUGCUUCGUUGGCAACCUUUACCGGUCAGCCAAGGAAAUAAAGAACAGGUACCACAAGAAGAUGGUCUCUUUUCUCAGCUCCUCCCUCUCUGAAAAUGGCUUGCCCUCCCCUCUUCCUGAGCUGCUGUCCUACAGGUCUCCUGCCACCACGGAGUCCGGCCCUGCGGUGGCCACUGGGAAGAGGCACAAGAAGAUCCGCGGCCCACGAACGCAAGUGUGA